UCCUCGCAAGGUCCAUGGGUGCCCACAGGCGCCGGCCUUCACGCGCUCGACUGGUUCUCUCUCUCUCUCUUUCUCCGUCUCUCUCUGCCGACGCGCGCGGCAACUGCGGGAAGUUGGCGGUCCGUUAACGAAACAUCAAAACUCAUCUCUCUCUCUCUCUUUCUCUCUGUUGCUCUUUAGCAUUGGGGCUAAGGAAAAUAGAGAAAGUUCUCUCGUCUAGGCCGACGAUUCCUCGCAUUUGUGAAGAUCUGGGACAUUGGCGGUCGGAAGCUGUUCACAAUGUCGGUCCCAAUGGACCCUUGCGUCCCGACGGUUGGAACAGAUACCCCAUCAACUGUGACACCAAACUGGACAAUUGAUGUUUCAGAUGUAAGAACAGUUAAAGUUAGCAAUAUCUCUCUACAAGCAUCAGAGCAAGAAGUAAAAGAAUUCUUCUCCUUUUCUGGUGAUAUUGAAUAUGUGGAAAUGCGAAGGGAAACAGAUCAUUCUCAGCUAGCAUAUGUUACUUUUAAGGAAUCACAGGGGGCAGACACAGCAAUGCUUUUGACUGGAGCGACAAUUGUGGAUCUCUCAGUCAAUAUUACACCUGCUGAAGAUUACAAGUUACCUCCUGAAAUCAUUGCAAAGUUGGCAAAGGAAAGUGAAGUACCCAGUGCUGCUGGUUCUGCAGUCCAAAAAGCAGAGGAAGUGGUGAGCAGCAUGUUAGCAAAGGGCUUUGUCUUGGGGAAGGAUGCUCUGAACAAAGCAAAGGAAUUUGAUGAAAAGCUUCAGCUCACAUCCAAUGCUACUGCUACUGUUGCAUCCCUUGACCAGAAGAUUGGACUAAGUGACAAAAUGAGGGAAAUGAAUGAACGGUUUCAAUUUUCUGAGAAAACAAAAUCAGUUCUUGACACUGCUGGUACUGCAAUAAUGAGCAAUAGAUAUGUCUUCACCAGUGCAGCCUGGGUCUCAAGUGCCUUGAACAUGGUUGCUAAGGCUGCAGAAGAUGUAAGCCUUAAGACCAAGGAAAAGAUUGAGAAGGCAGAGGAAGAGAAAAGGGAAAGUAUUUACAGAGAAAGGACUGAUAUGAUUAGCAAUUUUGCACAGAUCCAUCUGGAUGAAUCAUCUGCAGAUGAACCUGCAACUCUGCCACUUGAUCAUUCUGGUGACAUGGGUAAACUUGGUAUUAUAUGAAAUGAAGCGUAGUUUGCUCAGCUGUAGCCAUAAGUUGCAUUCUCUGUCGUUUCUGUUUAUUCUUUUUCUGUGGAAUCACUUUUUUCAUAUGCAAUAAAAGGCCAAGUUUUGGAAA